AUGCUAUUGAUUGCUUUUGCGGCUCUUUUUGUUCUGUUCUGGACCUAUCAUUUAUGGUGGAAGCGAAGAAAUCUUCCACCUGGACCUGUACCAUUGCCUGUGUUUGGUGAGACUAAAUUUAUAUUGAAUUUGGUUCACCUGAUGAAAAACAAUUACGAUUUCAAGAUUUUCAGGUAAUUUCUUCCAAUUUAAACUGUUCUCUUCGCCCGAACAAGCGUAUAUAGCCUGGAGCAAAACUUAUGGCGAUGUGUUUACAUUUUGGCAAGGCGAGAGACCAGUAGUCGGAGUCUGUAAUUAUGACGUCAUGGUCGAAUAUUUCCAAAAACAAGGCGACAAAUUCGAAGAUCGACCGCCAGAUGCGGAACUUAUGCGAUAUUCGAAGGGAAUCCACUACGGAAUCAUCAAUAACAAUGGGGAUUUAUGGAAAAGUCAACGAAGAUUUGCCCUACAAGUCCUGCGAGAUUUUGGAUUGGGAAAAGAUUUGAUGGAGCAGAGAGUUCUGGCCGAAUGUGAAGACUUGGUGAGGAAUUUGGAAGAGGAUGCAGCUGGAGGUGUGGAGGAACAUUCUAUCACUUGCGAGGUCGACAUAGCAAUUGGAUCGGUGAUUAAUUCGGUUCUUUUUGGAUACAGAUACAACAAGGAGAAUGUCGAGGAAUUUGAGGUGAGUCUGAAACUUCAGUUCCUUAAAAAUGGGGUGUGAAGUGACUUUAAACUGGCAAUGUUUGACUCGAUUCUACAAUUGAAAUAUAGUCAAAUCAAAAAAAAUAUGAUCAAUAAUUUAAAGCUACAAGGGAUAGUUAUAAGGAAUACGGCCAAGCUAAAAACGGCCAUAUUUUUUUGAUUUGACCUAUUUUUCUUCCGAUUUGAACAAGUCUUAAACCACAGGCUGCAUUUUGCAACCUUGGCCAUGCUUCAGAAUUUUUGAUGAGUUUUGCUACCCCAGCGUCUUAUACUAAUCUUCGCCAAAGGUCCAGAAAUCUUCCAAUGGGUUUCCCAAUCCACAACGCGACCUUUUUCUGGGUUUCCACUAGCACUGCAACGUGUAUCCAUAGACUUUAAAAGCCUUACUACGAAUUGUACACAAACAUAUUUUUAGGACCUUAAACGCCGCGCAUUUAUCUUCCUUCAAGUCCUCGGGUAUCCGACCGUCAUGGUCUGCCGGCUCAACCCAAACUUUUACGAGAAAAUCCCAAUCCUCGGUCGUUAUGUGAAACAGUCAAGAGAAGUUGGUCAUCAUCUGAUGGACUUCUUUGCGCAACGAGUCAAACAGCACAUGAAAGACCUCGAAAGCGAAGACAUGGAGUCUCUUGAAGUCACUGAUAUGGUUGCCGCAUUUCUGAAAGAGAAAGCUAAUUUGGACCGACUAAAUCAGCCCCAUUACUUCACUUUGGAGCAGCUGUAUGGAUUCUGUUUUGAUAUUUGGAUCGCUGGACAGGAGACGACCAGUAAUACCAUUGGCUGGGGAUUGGCUUAUUUGAUAAUGAAUCCCCAAGUUCAGAGGAAAAUUCAUGAGGAAUUGGAUAGGGUCGUUGGGAGUGAACGGAUGAUCACAAUAGCUGACAGAGCUAAUUUGAAUUAUCUUCAUGCAACUUGCUUGGUAAGAGAUGACAUUUUGAGGGAAGAGAAAAAACUGGAGCUCUAUAAAGAAGGAGCAUUUUAAAGACUUUUUUUGCAGAAACAGUGUUCGUUCUAGUGGCAUGAUGGGCCGAAACUUUUCAUGCAUAAUGUGGAAUUUUUACCAAUUUUUUUUGUCCUAGAACAAGCAAUCUAGAGGCGAGCCACCCUUCAACGAAGCCGAAGCAUUCUCACAAAUAACUUUUGUUCCAGGAGAUCCAUCGUAUCGCCAAUUUACUCCCUUCCAAUAUACCUCAUGCCGUCACUGAAGAUCUCAAUUUCGAAGGCUAUUUUCUGCCAAAAGAAACAGCUAUUGUCCCACUCAUAUCUGUUGUGUUAUAUGACAGCAAUGUAGGUUACCUCGGCCAAACUUUAUCAUAAUAAGUUUAGAUAUUCCCCGAGCCCUACCGAUUCAAUCCCGAACGUUUUCUUGAUGAAGAUGGAAAUGUCCGGAAAAUCAAAGAAUUCGCUCCGUUUUCGAUCGGGAAACGAGUUUGUUUGGGAGAGAACUUGGCCAGAAUGGAAGUGUUCUUGGUGAUAGCCAACUUGAUGAAUCGAUUGGAGCUGUUGCCGGGCAAGGAAGAGCCGGACUUUACAAGAAGUCAUGCGAUCACUUCGCAUAUAAAAGAUUUCAAAUGUAGAGUUCUACCCAGGUUUAGGUGA